GGAGUACCAUAUAUUUAUAGACUAGUUGGUUCAAGAAGGAAUUUUAUGAUUUGUGAAGAACUUCAGAAACCAUCUUAGACACACAUAUAUACAUAUCCUCGUUGUCAUCCUCGUACCAUUUGCCUUUUGAUUCACUACUCACAGACAAAAAACAAUUUCAAACGAAAACACACACAGGCAGAGUGAUAAAGAGAGAUAUGUUGUGGUGGCUCCAAACAAACCUCCACCCAAGCAGACCAGUAGGCGUACGAUCGAGCUAGUACUACUAUUUCCUGCAACUCCUCCCUGGCUCCCCCCUCUCUCUUUGGUGUUGUGUGUUUGUGUGUGCGGUUCUCUCUCACACAGUCACACAGUGACACGCAUACAUACUAGUAAUACAGAGAAAGGAGAGGACUGAUUGACUGUCCCAUGAUUUCCGUAUUUUUUGAUGCACAUACAUAUACGCCACUGCUUCACAUUCACCAUUUCAGUUUCACUCAUCAUCUUCUUCGUCAUCAAUUCUUCGUUUUUACUCCCGAAUUUCCUUCCUUAUGAUCAGAAAACUCCCCCCGUUUUACCCCACCAUUCCAACUGAUUCUUCUAUUAGGACUCCUCCACAACUCUCCUCCCUUCUCCCUCUCUAUAAAUUCCGAAACCUUCCAUUUCCUUCUUCCUCUUCAUCAUCAUCAUUGUCAUCCCCAUCAUCCUCUCCCAGAACCCAGAUGGCAGCCACACACAACGCCGCCCCCGCCACCGCCGUCGCAACCGCUGCUCGCCGCCGCCGCAAGAUGAAGAAGCUGGUGGUCGUGAUGGGCCCGACUGGUUCAGGAAAAUCCAAGCUUUCCAUUGACUUGGCCACCCGAUUCUUCCCAAACUCCGAGAUAAUCAACUCCGACAAAAUCCAAGUCUACCGUGGGCUGGACAUCACGACCAACAAAAUCUCAAUGCACGACCGCCGGGGCGUCCCGCAUCACUUUCUCGGCGUGUUUGACCCGGAUAUUGACUUCACCCCUUCCGACUUCCGUUCACUGGCCCCCAAAACCAUUGCCCAGAUCAUUUCUAGAAGGAACGUCCCCUUCGUCGUCGGCGGGUCCAACUCGUUCAUUCAUUCCCUCCUGGCCAAAGACUUCAAUCCGGACAUUGACGUUUUCGAGGAGUCCGGCCCGGUUGACUCCAUCUCAUCGGAGCUCCGGUACGAGUGCUGUUUCAUCUGGGUCGACGUCUCGCCGCCGGUCCUGAACCAGUACCUGGACGACCGGGUCGACGACAUGCUGGACUCGGGUAUGUUCGAGGAGCUGUCGGAGUAUUUCGCGGCGGAGGGAUUCUCCGGGUCGUCGGAACCGGACUCGGAGUCGGUGAGCCGGACCGGGUUGAGGAAGGCCAUUGGAGUGCCGGAGUUCGAGCGGUAUUUCAAAAAGCACGGAGGCCGUUGUGGGGAAUCAUCGGAGGGUGAUGACGUGGAGGAGAGAAUGUCGUAUGAGGGAGCGGUGAAGGCGAUCAAGGACAACACGUGUAAGCUGGCGAAGCGUCAAGUGGGGAAGAUCCUACGGCUGAGGGACGCGGGGUGGGACCUACAGAGGGUGGAUGCCACGGAGGCGUUCCGGGCCGCCAUGGUGACGUCAAAAGCCGGGAAGAGGGCGACGGAGAUAUGGGAGAAAACGGUGGUGGAACCAAGCGUGAAGAUUGUGAGCCGGUUCUUGAUGGAGUGAGUAGGUUUCACAGCUGUCUCCAGCAUACUUCUUUCAUCUACUCCUCACUCACUCGCCCCCGGCCAUUUCUCUCUCUCUCUCUCUCUCAUCACUCUUACCAUUUCUUUCAUUUUUUUUUUCUCUGUUUUCUUUUCUUUUCUUUUUCUCUUUUUUUUUCCUGUAAAAGUUUUGGGGGUUUAUUUCUUUUGGGGUCUUGGGCGACCAAUUUUGACGUUUUUUUAUAAAUAUU